CGCAACAAGGUGCAGUUAAGUUGGUCAGAAGGGUUCAUUGCAAAACUAAAAUUGGGGCGGUGUUAGAAUUUGAGUUAAACAGAAAAAUAGAUAGCAAAAGUUCGGAAAUUGAAAUAAAAACUGCGUAAAAUGCGUCCGCGUUAUUAUUAUUUACAAACGUGUGUAUGGAUAUUGGCGCUUUUACAAAUUUACAUUACAGCCUGUAAGGCUCAAGGAUACAUUCGUAAAAGCAGCAUACGAGAAGAUGUUCAGGAUUUGAAAGAUUUCAAGAAAUUAUUGCGCACAAGAACAAAUGUGCUUGUGAUGUUUAUUUCCAACCCUAAGGAAGCUGCAGUGCCGUUAAGAAUAUUUCGCGAUGCCGCAGAAGUUGUACGUGGUACCGGAACUACGGUGCUACUAGAUUGUUCGCUACAGGGACGGAGGAAGCUGUGUAAACAUUUGAAAGCGAUAACGAAACCGUAUUGUAUGAAGCACUAUAAAGACGGCAGUUUUCAUAAGGACUAUACACGUCAAAUGGCCGUUAGCUCCAUAUAUAAUUUUAUGCGUGAUCCAACUGGAGAUUUGCCGUGGGAAGAAGAAGCUAUUGGUAAAGAUGUGGUGCACUUCACAGAUUACCAAAGUUUUAAAAAACAUUUAACCAAAGACACGCGGCCAAUGCUGCUUAUGUUUCAUGUGCCAUGGUGUAGUUUCUGUAAACGAAUCAAAGGAGAUUUUUCUAGGGCGGCAACAGAACUUAAGAGCGGAGGUUUUGUACUGGCUGGUAUGGAUGUUGAACGCACUGAAAAUGCACCUGCACGGAAGGCUUUUAAUAUUACCGGUUUUCCGAUGAUGUUGUAUUUCGAGAAAAGCGUACCAAAGAAAUUAUUUGAUGGGGAGCCUAAUAAAGAUGGUUUUAUAGCAUUUAUGAAAGAUCCUAAUGCAGGACCUACGUCCAAACUUAAAGAAUCAGAUUGGUCUGAGGAUACGGAAUCUGAAAUUGUACAUCUCACAACGCAAAGUUUUGAACCAGCAAUCAAGGAUGAAGAGUCUGUGCUUAUUAUGUUUUAUGCACCUUGGUGUGGUCAUUGUAAGCAGAUGAAACCAGAAUAUGAGAAAGCUGCUACGACUCUGAAAGAUCGUGAAAUACCUUGCAUAUUAGCAGCACUUGAUGCAAGCAAGGAUACUACUAUAAGUGAGAAGUUUCACGUGAAAGGCUUUCCAACAUUAAAAUAUUUCGUCAGAGGCGAAUAUAAGUUUGAUAUAACAUUUCGUGAAGCUGAUAAAAUAGUCGAAUUUAUGCUUGAUCCAAAAGAACCACCAGUACCAACAACGCCACCGCCAGAAACGCCCUGGGAAGAAGAGGAACCUACCAAUGUAGUCUAUUUAAAUGAAGAAAAUUUCAUACCAGUACUGAAACGUAAAAAGCACGCACUUGUUAUGUUCUAUGCACCAUGGUGCGGUCAUUGUAAAAGCACUAAGCCGGAAUUUAUUGCCGCCGCGGCAGCUUUGGCUAGCGAGCAAAAUACUGUUUUUUGUGCAGUUGAUUGUACGCGGUAUCCUAAACUAUGUACUAUUCAUGCAGUGCGUGGUUAUCCUACUCUUAAAUAUUUUUCAUAUUUCAAACAGGAGGUUGAAUAUACUGGUGGACGACAUCGGUCCAAUUUAAUUGCAUUUGUUACUAAUUCAAAUAUUAGUAGCGUCACUACUCCGGUUAAAGUUCAAAAACAAAGGGUUUAUAGUGACGAAUUGUAAUCUGAAUAAUAACAAUUUCUGGAUAAUUACCUGAUCGUAAUAUUUUCUAAUUUAGGUAGAAAAAAAAUUAUUAAUCAAACUAAACAUUUUUCUAGCAUUAUUGUAAUGGAUAGUUUAUCUCAAUGAACAAAAUGAAGUAUUCAAAUUUUUUAUUAAUUUUGUAUUGUUCCUUAAAAUAU